ACGGAAUAUUGAUCAAACAUAUUCAUGCCCUUUGAACAAUAUUGAUCACGUCUUGAAGUGUUUAAAGAAUGCGCAUCGAUACCAUAUUCUGCCAGCCGUCGCAAUAAUGAUGGCUUCCGGUCUACAGACAGCUAAAAGGGACCUCCGCAAGAAGAUCCGCGAUGUUCUUCAGAAAACCCCCAAUGAGUCAAUCGUUCAUCAAUCCAGAGUCGCUACGGAUAAGCUAUUCUCCCUCACUGAGUAUCAAAAUGCCAAGAGGAUCGGUGUCUACCUGUCCAUGCCUUCGGGUGAACUUUCAACUACGGCCAUAGUCCAGGACGCCUUGUCUCACGGCAAAGAGGUAUUCGUGCCGUAUAUUCAUAGCAUAGACUCGCCGUCAUCGACGCAGAAGAAGACCUCCAUCAUGGACAUGUUGCUUCUGCAGUCUAUGGAAGAAUUCACGUCUCUUGAACCUGAUAAGUGGGGAAUACCAUCGCUCACCAAGGCCCAGGUUGAGAACAAGAGAAACUGUUUUGGGACAAUAGGUGUCUCCCCAAAGACGGUGGAGGAUGCUACGCAGAGAUUCGAGGGGCUUGAUUUGAUAAUCAUGCCUGGAAUGGCCUUCGAUCAAGGGUUCCGAAGACUGGGUCAUGGUAAAGGUUACUAUGAUCAUUUCUUGACGAGGUACUCGAAAAAAGUAGCCGAGAAAAAGACGACAACAUCAAAAAUGCCUUUACUCGUUGCCCUGUCCCUCAAAGAGCAAAUGCUUCCCUUGAAUGAAGAAAUACCCGUUGCGGAUCACGACUGGCCAGUAGAUAUGCUCGUUAUCGGUGACGGCCGCUUUCUUGUUCGCCAAUCCUGAUAUUACCACUCGGGGAAAGAGUCUUCACAUAGCAAAGAACCCGUCUAUUCACUUAAGCAUAAAACUGUCCUUCAGCGGCAAAUCGUAAAGUAUAUGGCUGUGUGGAAAUCGAAGCCGCCGUAGAUGAAUAGAAACUUUUUCCUCCUUUCGUGGUAGAAUCACUGGACCGCUUGGAUGAGAGACACGUUGUCGCCCUUAAGCAGAAUUUGACCCAGAGGUCUCCGCUUCUCCUCAUCAGUCUU